GCCCACCCAUUCCAGCGGCCAAGCACAGCGUGUGCUCUUUUCUCAACGUACUUUGGUGGCUCCUGACUGCGACGAACUACCCAGCCAUCAUAGCCACUCUCCCCAGUGCCCAAGCAUCGCCGCCGUUCCUGUCCUAAAUCACGAUCUACGGAUCGUGCAUGGAGUGCCAGAAUUGCGAGCUAAGGCAGCGUCAGUUUUAUUGCGAGAAUUGUCUCAGGCAACACCUGCUCUCUCUCCGAUUACAAACCCAGCAUGCUGCCACCGAUCGAGACGCUCACAUCGCGUCCGCAGAGAAGGCCCUCGCCGCCGUCGUAGGUCCUGCACGCUUGCCCAGAGCUGAGUUACGCGGCAGGGAGGAGAAGGUGCAAGAGAUUUGGGAAGGCGUCAAUCGCCUCAGGUCGACCAACGAAGACCUUCGAGAGCGAGCGCAGAAGCUUCGCAAUACCCUCGCGACCCGCAGACGAACUCUCGCCAUCGCGACCUCGACCAUCCUUCAGUCCUACUCAGCAUCUGCCCCACCAACCCCCUCAACCUCCGCCUCUCCUCCGCACGCACCACUCUCUACCUCUCCUCAGGCCGGUCGUGCGCUUCCUCACCGCGCAGGCUCUUCCAUCUCAUCGCACUCCUCCACCCCACCCGCGUCAGGCGCACCUCCGAUCUCCCGCCCGCUCUCCUCCGCCUCCCGCCCUCUCACUGCAAACUUCUUCACGUCCUCUUCUCCCCAAGCCGUCCGUUCCCCGCUUGGUGUCCCGACGACCCCACCACAGAGCUACUCCCGGCCGUCCACCAUGCCUGGCGCUCUUCCCCCCUAUUUCCCUGUCGGGCAGCACGCACGGACGGUGUCUACAGGGAGUGCGCCGUACGGCACGCCUAUCUCGACGCGGGGCCUGGAUCCUCUCGCGAAGCAGAUCGAGGACCUGCAAGCGCAGCUAGCCGUGCUGUCCGACACGAUCGCAAGAGCGCGAGCGGGUCUCGUGCAGGAGCUCGUCGAGGUGUUCAGCGUCGUCGAGGUCGGAGGACGACCGCCGAUUGGUGGCAAGGCGGGGACGAAGGGCGAGUGGACGAUAGGAGGGCUAGUCUUGCCCGUCCCUGGCGACAUUCGUCGCUAUCCGCCAGACCACAUCAACGCCGUCCUCACACACACGAUUCACUUCGUUACUCUCCUUGCAUUCUACCUCGGCAUCAAGCUCCCCUUUGAGAUCAUCUGGAGCCGGUCGUCCACCCCGCCCUCUGGCCCGAUCAAAGGCAGCGGACUGCUCGGUGUCGGCAUUCCCUGGAUCGGUGCCAUCCGCGGCGGAGAGUCUGGUGGCUGGGCGCGCUGGUCGUCCAAACAGCCUCUACACGUCUCCUCUGCCCCGCCCCCGGCGUCAUCGUCGUCUAGCUCCUCGAACGCCCACCCAUCCUCCCCCUCUCCAGCCAAAGCCCGUCCCUCGAACCGCCCGCUCUCCCACCGCUCCCAAACGACCCCAACGACCCCCGCACACCCCCCCACUCCAUCCUCCUCCCCCACCUUCCCCUACCCCCAGCGCACCCCGUCCCUCUCGUCCUCCACGCUCGCCGACUCCACGUACGCCGAGUCCUCCCCCGCCCAGCCCGCGACGUCCUCCCCCGGCGGCGCGUUCACGACCGCGCUCGCGAUGCUCCUCUACGACGUCUGCUACCUCGCGCACACGCAGGGCGUCGACGUGCCGCUCGCGCACGCCGGCGACGCGCUCGGCAACCUCUGGGCGGUCUGCUGCGCGCCCGAGCUCGGCCGCCGCGCGCACGCGACGCGCCCGCCGCUCCUCCCGCCGCCGACGCCGCCCGCGUUCGCGCUCGACUUUGCGCAGCUCCUCCAGGCGACCGCCGCGACCCCCGCGCGCGCGAAGGCGCGCGGGAAGGGCGCGGGCGCGGGCGCGGGGAGGGAGGUCAGGACGGAGCGGAUCGUGGAGGAGGACGAGGGGUGGGACUUGCUCGAUGUGGACGCGGAGCUGAUCGACUCGUGACGCCUUGAGGGUCGGAGGUCGGUCUGGCUUCGCGCAGGAGAGCGGCAUGUCAUGCGCAUGUGCUGUACGUGUAACAUACGCCGCCUGCGGCUGCUGUAUCUAUAGCGUUGUAGAUGUAUAUGUAGAUCUGAUGGAACAGGUUAUAGACCCCAUUGUGGACUUUCGAUGCACUGGAUCCGCAGUAAU